AUGAAUCGUCACCCACGUCCAUAUCGCACCUUUCUUCCAAACCAAUACCUAAACACCCCAACCACUGUUCGUACACACCAACCACUGCAACAGUACCUUCAUAAAUGGUCUGUAGAUGAAGAUCAAGUCGCUAUACUCAACAGUGUCGACAUGUAUUCACCACCGUCGUCUUUCUCCACCCGCACACACCCACCACUGCAAUUUAUGGGCGGAGGAAACUGGCAGCAGUCUGAAAUCGUAGAUGAAGUAGUUAUACUGGAGAAUAUUGACAUGGAUCAGAGCUUUAGACAUGAAGGGUUGACGAAGAAAGUAAUCUCCAAGAAUCUUAAACUGAAACAGAUCAACUGCUUUGAAGAAGAAGGAGAAGAUGAAGAUGGGAUUUGUGUGAUAUGUCAAGUUGGAUUCGAGAGAAAGGAAACUGUAGGAGUUCUUGAAUGCAAACAUCGUUACCAUGUUGAAUGCAUUAAGGAGUGGCUUUUUCAUAAGAAUUUUUGUCCUCUUUGUAAGGUUUAG